CCUCUCGUCUUAUCUGUCACUCGAUCUCCUCCUGCAAACGUGUAACUAUAGGCAACAGCAAACUAACUCUCUGGUUUCUAAAGGGUUGCUUUCACUCCUGCACCGAUUGUCCUGCUGGUUGAUUUUUCUUUUAACUGUACUGUCAGAAAAUGAGUUCAGAAAUCAUUGUGUCUCGGCCGCAUUAUGACAGCAGAGCUGCAGCCCAAGGAGUCCACCAGAAAAGUCCGCCUUUAGAGCAGGAAGUGCCGCAGGCAUCCUCGGGCUCAGCCACUGCUGGGUUUCGCUCUGCUAAAUACACUCCUGCUGAAUGGUUCUCCAAUUACCAAACCAUCCUUGAACAGGCCGGUACCAACCGCAGAGACGCCCAGAACAUCCAGCAUGAGUCCAGAACCUUGAGCCAGGACACUGAGGCUGGAGCUUUGAAGACCCAGGCCACAGGAACGCGUCUUCUUGGAGAGAGACUCCAGGAGAUCCACUCCUGGAAGUCUGAGCUGCAGCGGCACAUCGAGCUACUGCAGGCCGACACGAAGUCACUGCUGAUGGUGAAGAAGCGACUGGAGAGGGCGCUGGAUGCCACAGAGACUCCUUAUGCCAUCGCCACCGAUAAUUUGACCUGCAGAGCAAGAAGACUGGGAGCAGAGCUGGUCAGAGACACGGUGGAGGAGGAGCUGCUGAAGGAAGUGGACUUGAUCAGGAGCAUUCAGGCUCUUCUGAAGAAAACUGCAGCUCAGGUUGGCACUCAGAUCAAGAGGAACCAAGAUGCCCAACAAACAUUAGAGAUGGACUGGUCUGAUAAGUGUCAGGCCUACAGCUUUGAUGACGCCUGUGGAAGAAACCAUAACAUGAGUCCAGACACACAGCAGCACCCCAGUUCUGCUACCAUGCAGGAGCACGUUUCUACCCCCUCAUCAUGGACAAAGUUUACUCAAGACAACCUGUCAAUAGCCCUGCAGGAGGAUCAUGCUACCAAGAGUCUCAGAAUGCUUGUGGAGCAAAUGCUGCAGGACACCACUGAGGAUCUGAGGGUCCAAUGCGCCAGCGUGGAGCGAGCCUUCAGCCUGCACUGUGAGGACCUUAUUGAGGCCAAGACCCAGCUGGAGAUGACGCUAGCUCAGACUUUGGAGCAAAUUGGUGUCCAGGAGAAGAACAUUGAGGUCCUACAGCGGGCCAUCCACAACAAAGAGGCUCCACUGAGGGUGGCUCAGUCCAGACUCUACCUUCGCUCUCUCAGACCAAACAUGGAGCUCUGCAGGGACCAACCCCAGCUCAGUUUGGAAGGAGAAGUGAGGCAGAUUGAUGCCUCCUUGGAGUCUCUGAAGCAGAAGCUGAGUGAAGCCAGGAGCUCCCUGUCCCAUCUGGAGGAGUCAAGGAUGGCUCUUGAGAAGGACAUAAACUGUAAAACCAAUUCACUGUUUAUUGAGAGGGAAAAGUGCAUGAUUCACCGUAAACGAUAUCCAACUCUCUCAGUACUUUCAGGAUACUGA